AACGAGUUUCGACUCGAUACAGGCAGACUGAACGCAGCCAGAAUAGACUUGUAUUCCAAACAAUAGGCCUAUAGAUAUUAAAUGCACCUAUAUAUACACAACAAACCCCAUGUACAGUGUUUGUUUACAUGAUGUGGGCGCAUCUAUCUGCGUCACACAAAUAGCCGGCGCAUUUACUGACGCAAAUGACGUUUAGAAAUGUUCAGCGUAGUGUCCGAAUUGUCGUUUGUUCGUUCCGUAUAUAUGCACUUUAUCAUCAACAAUAUAUCGGGAAUAGUGAGGGAACGAUUUCGAACACAGCUUAUGUAUAGGAUGUCUAUGCUCACUCAGCUGUGUUCCCGGCUGUGUCCCAUGUUAAUGUGUCCCCAGUGCCGCUAGGUGUGUCACUGUAAAAUACUUCCGGCCCUAGACCAAGUAGGGUCCGGUUGACGAGUAGUACCACGUUUCCAUGGAAACGAAGGAAGGCGUUUACCAACAGUUCAACUGCUGAAUACUUACGCGACAUUACUUUAUAGCUUUGUGACAAAGUAAAAUUGUUUCGGUAAUAGUACUUCCAUGCUUAAAUAUUUUCCGACUAUGUAUCCAGGCGAGAUCCAUGAAAGGACGAUAAACGAUAUGAAUAUAAACGGGAUUGAAACGGGAGAUGGCAAUACAUUGGACUCCUCUAUUCAAAACAAACAUAACGAUGCAAAUGAUCACACAACUUCAGCCGCAUCACAUCUGGACGAACAACAGAAAUAUACUGGACCAAGAAUGACCAAGAAGUUUUUAAGGGAUCACUGCAAGCAAAACAAGCUUUAUGUCACACCUUACCUGAAUGACACGUUGUACUUGCAUUUUAAAGGUUUUUCCACCAUAGAGAAUUUGGAAGAGUAUACAGGACUAAAGUGCCUCUGGCUGGAGAGCAAUGGACUGCGACAAAUUGCGAACCUUGAGGCACAGACUGAGCUCCGCAGCUUGUUCCUGCAUCAGAACCUUAUCUACAAGCUGGAAAACCUUGGAUCCCUUGAGAAACUCUGCACACUCAAUGUCUCCAACAACUACAUCCAGACUAUAGAGAAUAUCGCCUGUUUGCCAGAGCUGGGCUCACUUCAGAUAGCCCAUAAUAAGCUGGAAACGAUGGGGGACAUAGAGCACCUGAGAGGGUGUCUUUCAAUCAGCGUUCUGGACAUGUCCCACAACUUGCUUAGUGACCCAGAGAUCCUUGCUGUGCUUGAGAGCAUGCCACGAUUGCAUGUCUUAAACCUGAUGGGGAACAAUGUGGUGAAGAAAAUCGAAAAUUACAGAAGGACCCUGAUUGUGCGUCUCAGACUGCUCACUUACCUUGACGACCGGCCGGUGUUCCCCAAAGACAGGGCGUGUGCAGAGGCGUGGGCAGUCGGGGGACUAGACGCCGAGCGCAAAGAAAGGGAGAUGUGGGAAACACGAGAGAGAAGGAAGAUACAGGAUAGCUUGGAUGCCAUCGCAACCAUCCGGGACAAGGCCAUUGAGAGACGUCGCCUCAGAGAGAUGCAGGAGAAAGGUCAGGCUGAGGGUACCCCGAAGGUGGAAUCUCAGAGCUCCUGUGAGGAGCACGAGACAAUAAUUGCUUGCUCCUCACACGGAAAGAAGAUUGAGGCCUUUGUGGAGGGCAGUCUGGAAGCCCACGAGGAAUUCCUACAGAGCCAGAGAGAACCAGUCGAGCUGGCGGAUGAUCAAAAGUUACGCAAAGAUCUUGAGGCUGAACUACCCGAAGAAGGUUUGAUGAUAGAAAGGCAAGAAGACGAUUACUACAGCCCAAAGGAGAUGAGGAACAAUAUUGAGGAGGAACUAGAGAGUGAGGAAAGCCCAGAGAGUUCAGAAAUUGAUGAUGAAGAGAGAGUGAGUGAGUCAGAUGAAGAUGUAGAAGAUGAACCCGAUAUUGGGAUAGACGAGCCCCAGAGGACCCAUUUGGAAGAAAAGCCAACAGAGCCUGGCCAUGAAACGAAGGAACACUGGAGAGCGCACGGGCACUGGAAGCAGCCUGAUCCUCUGGCCCCGAUGGCUCCCUCUGAUCCAGAAGACACGGCACCGACGAUGACCCCCGGUGGUCCCGGGCCUCUGGUGACAGACCUGGAGGACGGGCAGCCUCUUGAGACCCUUCACCUGCAGUCACACCGGGCGCUGUGCAUUGAUGACCUGCCUGAUCUGGAGGAUGUGGACACCGAAGACAAGCACGUCACAGGCUUCCUCGCCUUCCAGGAAGGAACCAGACCAAAAAUACAAAUUAUAUCAGGUGAUGAUGAUGAUUUGACACAAUAUCAAUGUGAGGCGGCUGCGGCUUUUGAGGCAUCACCAAGCCCAGCCUUGUUGUUCAAAAAGAGUGAUCACAACACAUUGAUUGAUGACUACGAGAAGGGUGUUGCCAUGGUGGGUCCAGGAGCUGAGGAUGAUUCUAUGCCAGUGAUAUUCAAAUCUCUCGAAGGGUCCACUCCAAACCAAAAUUCCACCAGUCCACCCACCCGUCUGAUUGAGGAACUUGAUUGAGACUUUCAGAUCAAGUUUUAUUUUCAUUUACACAAUGUACAAUGUGUGGUUAGUGCCCAAUUGUUCUACACAGUAAAAAAAACUUCUUAAUUUAUAGUGAUGUUUAGGCUCGCUAUAUUUAUACAUGACUGCAGAGCGUAUUGAAAUUACAUUUUUACCCAUAUUUUCAUAGCUUACCUUUAGUAUCUACCGAACUGACAUUGGAGAUUGCAAACUGAAUACUGUGUGAGAUUACAAACAUAAAUUUCUGUUUUUGAAGGAUAUCUUUGGAAUAAAGACAGUUUACUGUUUUAUGUUACCAGCCUGUUCUUAUGAGUACCAGCCUUUUAUUUAAAUAAAUAUACAAUGAUCAGCAUUAUUAUGCAGGUCUCUAAUGAACGGGAGAUUGAAGCCGUGUUGUUCCAAUAAUAGCUGAAAAAAACAGUUUUCAGAAUAGUCAUGCCAAGCUUCAUAGGUAGUCCUUACACGUGUUCUUUAUAUUUUACAACAGCAUAUAAGACGUGCAUUCAAUUAAGUGUAUAAACAAUAUUUGAACUAUACAGUCUUGUUUUACAGCCUCUCUUACCACAGGGCAAUCUAAUGCAAUAAAUAUAUUCUUACAUUCCUAUUAAACUCUGUAAUUCCACAAUUUGUCAACGUUAACCCAUUUCUUCAAAACACUUCUGUUGCCUUCAGGACAUCUUAAAGUGGCAACAGGCAUGGACAACAAGCAGUCAGCAUCAUUGGCUAGAGGAAUGGCCGCAAUGUUUUUUUUUUUAUAGAGUCUAGACCACAUAAAGGAUGAUAUGAUUAAG